AUGGAUAUGGAGCUGGAAAUCAGAAGGUAUCUUCGUGCUGGCUCUGCACUGGCUUUCUUCUUCCACAGUUGCCCAUUUAUUUAUUCUGAUAUCUUGGAUUAUAAGAAUCUUCAUGAGAUCGUGGUCAACAACCGCAUCACUUGGCUGUUUCAUUACAGUGCUUUGUUCAGUGCUGUCGGAGAAGCACAGGUGUCCUUAGCGAGAGCUGUGAACAUAAUGGAAUUGCAUAAUAUUCUGGACAUUGUAGCAGAACACAACCUGUGGUUGUUUGUGCUCAGCAUGAUCGGGGCUUUUGGACCUACCUCUCCUAGGAACCCAACCCCUGAUCUCUGUAUUCAGAGACCCAGGACCACCUAUGGGGUGUCCAAGGUCCACACGGAGCUCAUGGGAGAAUAUUAUUAUUACCAACAUGGGUUGGAUUUCUGGUGCUUGAGAUAUCCUGGAAUCAUUUCAGCUGACUCCCAGCCUGGAGGAGGAACAACUGACUAUGCAGUCCAGAUUUUCCACGAUGCUAUGAAGAAUGGCAAAUUUGAGUACAACCUGAGGGCUGGCAAGAGGCUCCCCAUGAUGUAUACUGACAACUGCCUCAGGGCCACCCUGGAGGUCAUGGAGGCCCCAGCCGAAGCCCUCUCCCCGAGGACCUACAAUGUCAACACCAUGAGCUUCAUGCCCCAGGAGCUGGCCCAGGAGCUUCUCAAGCACAUGCCGGAAUUCCAGAACACUUACAACAUGGAUGCUGUCCGACAGGCCAUAGCGGACAGUUGGCCAAUGAACUCUCAUGACAGCAAUGCUCAGAAGGACAGGUGGUGGAAACAUGAUUUUGAUCUUCCGGAGCUGGUAACUACGAUGUUGAACCUCCACGGUUCUGACACCAGAGUCGCCCAGGCCAACUGA